CCCAACGAUCUGGCAUCACUCCUUCGCUACAACUCGACAACUACGUGGCUGCUGCGCGUUUAGAAGUGAUUAAAAACAGGCAAAUUGCACCCAGAAUAACCAUGGAAGGCCCGCUCGCCAAGGUGCUGCUCCUUGUGGGCAGCCUGCUGAUCCUGUUCCGCUCCAGCCAGGCCUUCAUCGUCAGCGUGGACGCCCACAACGAGGAGUGCUUCUUCGAGAACGUCGAAGGCGGCACCAAGUUCGGCGUCACCUUCGAGGUGAUUGACGGCGGCUUCCUGGACGUGGACAUCAAGAUCAGCGGCCCCGAGAACCAUGUGAUGCACGAGAGCGAGAAGGAGUCCUCCGGCAAGUACACCUUCGUGGCCCCCGCCAAGGGAACCUACACCGUCUGCUUCAACAACGAGCGCAGCAGCAUGACGCCCAAGCUGGUCAUGUUCUCCAUCGACGUCGGCGAGGCGCCGCAGCGCGCACCCGGCGCCCCCGGCGAGGAGGAGGUGGGCCACACCAAGCUGGAGGACAUGAUCCGCGAGCUCUCCGGCACGCUGACCAGCGUCAAGCACGAGCAGGAGUACAUGCAUGUCCGCGACAAGAUCCAUCGCUCGGUGAACGAGAGCACCAACUCGCGGGUGGUGCUGUGGUCCACCUUCGAGGCCCUGGUGCUGGUCCUCAUGACCGUGGGCCAGGUUUACUAUCUGAAGCGCUUCUUCGAGGUCAAGCGCGUCGUGUAAUCCCGACCGGAAAGCCAGGAGGAGAAGAGGAGAGGAGCGGCGUACUGGGGGAAUGUGUGCGCAAUGUGUUGCAGUCUCAGAUUUAAUUUAAACGAUUAACAUCCUUUUGUAAUUAAAAUAAAAUACCUUGUAAAAAGUAACUAGUGGCUGGAAAUAUUUUCAACUGUCUUGUUUUCGCUUCGAGAACCAUUAAAAAGCACUUUCAAUCUAUUAGAGAAAUCACCAAGCUAAAUUAAUAUUUGUUUACUAAAGACCAAAAAUUGAAACGAAUUUUCCAAAUCGAAAAGGGACAGAAAAUAUUUUCAGACACACAUUCAAUGGGGGAAAUACCACUUUGUGUAUGUUUCAAUUAAAUAUUAUGAAAAC